GCGAGCCACGAACCUUGGGGAUUGAUCUGGUUCGUGAUGGGAGGAAUGGGUGAUCAAAUUCCACUCUUCUCCGGUGCUGGUAGGCACAAUUGUGAACAAUUUUGGGACUCGGAAAAUGCAUGGUUGUCACCAUGCGCGCUGCCUUACUUGGUGAUCGCUCCCGCCAGCGUGAUUCUGUUUAUUGCAUGCCGCCAUCUAUUAGGCUCGGCAUUACGACGGUGGCAACCUCAAUGGACUCUUCCGUUUAUUUCUGAGAAAGAUGAUUAUCAAGGCUUCUCGCUGGAUAGAGUCAAACAAUCUCUCGGAUGGACUCUUGCGCUUCUCACCUUUACGGGCAUUGGCUUCUCUGCCGAGCUGGUGCAUUUCUUCCCUCCAAAUAUCGACCUCUCUGCUAUCUUUCUCGUUGCAUCAUGGGCCACAGCAGCCGUGGUAAUCACGGUCAAACGACCGAGGUCAUGUUCAAUCUUAAUGCUUGUCUUUUUCGUUUUAUGCUUCAUGGUUGAGAUCAUACUAGCCACGGCAUCCUAUGGCAAACCGAAAUUCCAGACAUUUGCUCGGUACACUGCCGCCUGUGCGGCUUUGAUGGCCUGUUUCACAAUUCUGCUGAUGCCAUUCCGAAAACCAUCACUUCCAGUUAUUGAUAUCAGUGCAGUCGGCCAGGCACCAUGCAGCGACUUUCGCAGUCCAGAAGAUAAUCUACGACUCUGGCAAUUUCUGACUGUAUCAUGGAUGGCACCCCUGAUAUCCCUCGGACGCAAGAGGCAGCUCAAUGAGCCAGAUGUCUGGCUAUUGGGCUUCGAGUUCCAACACAGUCGCCUCCAUGAGAAGUUCCGUCGAAUCCGUGGAUCUGUCCUUCGCCGGGUACUGCAAGCAAACGGACUUGAUGUCCUUAUUAUCUCUGUGAUUGCUGUCGUGCAAAUGAUUUGCACGUUCUCCACGCCUGUACUCCUACAGCAACUCCUGCAGGCUAUGCAGGACCCAAUGAAACCAACACGUGUGCCACUCACUUAUGCGAUUCUUGCUCUGGCGCUUCGUCUCGUGGCCGCACAAUCUCAAGUAUUGAAACUGUGGUAUGGAAGACGCUGUUAUGAGCGAUCUCGAGGUGAGAUGGUGAUGAUGGUUUAUGAAAAGGCACUCUCGCGCAAGAAUAUACUGGGUACGCACGUUGAGAACGGACGGAAGCAGCCAAGCGGAGAAGAGCCCACCAAUGGCGACACCUCGAUCCCCGAGAUCGAAACUUUACCCCCUACCAAGCCCACAAAAGAGGCUGCCACGCUGGGUAAAAUUUUCAAUCUUCUCCGAGGCGACGUCUACGACGUGGCGCAGCGAUUUUGGGAGAUCGAUGUUCUUAUCGACAAGCCUCUGGGCUUGGUCAUCGCAGUUGUCCUCGUGUGGACACUUUUUGGGCCAUCCUGUUUCUUGGGUAUACUGGCAGUCUUGGUUGCCCAAGGUUUAAACGCCGUCAUCACUCGAUUCCUUCUUCGACGCGAACGACUCACACGAGCCGCCACGGAUGCUCGCCUUCAGAUCACAUCACAGUUUGUGGAAGCGAUUCGGCAUCUCCGGUGGUACGGCUGGCAAGAUCACUGGCUUCAGCGAGUUAUGGAAGCUCGUCAACACGAGCUUAACCGUCGAAUUGUCACCAAAUUAUACACCACCUGUAUCAACUUCAUCAAUGCUUUUGCUAGCGGUGUCUUUCCGGUAGUCGCUCUAUACGCCUACACAAUGCUAGCUGAUCAUGAGCUACGCAUUGAUAUAAUCUUCCCCGCCUUGCAGCUUUUCACCAUGCUAGAGACACGUUUGCGCGAAAUUCCCGGUCUGAUCACUGCCCUCAUCAAUGCUUCGAUUGCACUCGGACGUAUCGAGGACUUCAUGGCAGAACCAGAUAAGGAGCAAAUUGACGCUGAUCACCGUCCAGACGACGUACCUUUCCAACUUGAUUCGUGUUCGUUUGCAUGGCCGGGCAAGGUAUCGCCUGUGCUCCGAGACAUCAAUGUUACCAUUCCGAAAGGCCUUACCGUUGUGAGCGGAAAGGUUGGAGCCGGAAAGACGGCUUUCCUACAAGCUCUUCUUGGUGAACUCGAUCGCUUAAGUGGCUCUUGCAGUCUCCCCAACGAAACGGUCGGAUACUGCGCACAAACACCAUGGCUACAGAGCAUGAGUAUCCGUGACAAUAUUCUCUUUUCCGCACCGUACGAGGAGCAGCGUUACAAGCGGACUCUAGACGCCUGUGCUCUGCUCCCAGAUCUGGCUCAGUUCAAGCAUGGUGACUUGACCUUCAUUGGUGAAAAUGGCGUUGGUCUCUCCGGAGGGCAGAAGGCACGAGUGGCUCUCGCUCGGGCGGUUUAUAGUGCUUCCCGCGUGCUGCUUCUUGAUGAUCCACUGUCGGCAUUGGAUCACAAUACGGCUGAGUUUGUGGUUCGCAAAUGCCUUUCGGGGCCUUUAAUGCAGAACCGCACUAUUGUAUUGGUGACACAUCGUACCGCACUGGUGCGUGAUAUCGCCGAUCAGAUUAUUGAAAUUGACGAAAGCCGUGCCAUUGUCCACAGCAAGGCUGCCAUCUCAGCGUCUACCAAACGAGACGGGCCCGGUCUCCUGUCAAGCCUUACCGAUUCCGAGACGGAGACUGAAGAAGCCAACGCAGAGGAAGAAGCAGCUGCCAUUCCGGACAAAUUCAUUGAAGAAGAGCACCGUGCAGAAUGGGGCGUCAAAGCCCGUGUCUAUUGGAACUAUAUCCGAGCCGGCAAGUACCGAUGGUGGGCUAUCUUGGUCUUGGUCCUCGCAAUAUACCGACUCAUGGCGGUUGGACAAUCAUGGUUUCUCAAAGAGUGGGGUGAAGCGUACGGUCAGGUCUCUCUCCCGCACAGUGGCCUGUCAGUCUGGCAAGUCCAGUCCGUGGAUACCUCAUUGGUAUCAGUCUCAGGCGUGGAUGCGUAUUUCAUUCCUCAAAAUCCGAUCGACCGGCUCCCACCUCCGUAUGAGAAUGUUCGCCCUUGGUUAUGGACGUUCUUCGGCAUCAUCUGCUUCCAGGCAACCGCACUGUUGGUCGCUCAGCUAUUGAUGCUGACUAUUGUCUACUGCGCGGGCCGGACCCUCUUCCGCCAGGUAAUGGUUCGGGUCAGCUAUGCCUCAUUCCGUUUCUUCGAUGUAACUCCUGUGGGCCGGUUGAUGAACCGCCUUACCUCGGACAUUGGCGUGGUAGACGGCAACAUUAGCGAGCAGUUCCAGAAUAUUGCAUUCCAUGCAAUUACAUGGAUUUCUUCGAUCCUGGUCAUUGCUACGGCGACCCCGGCCUUCCUCGUCUUCUCUUUGAUUCUCACCCUAGCGUUUGUGCUCAUCUUCUUGCGAUUCCUGCCAACGUCACAAAGUCUCCGGCGCCUUGAGAUGGUAUCUUUGACGCCGUUGUUAUCCAAUUUUGGGGAAUUGCUACACGGUCUGACCACCGUACGCGCAUUCCGCGCGGAAGAACGGUUCCAAAAUCGUGUCAUCUCCGUAGUUGACAAGUUCCAGGGCAUGGAUCAUUUCUAUUGGUCAUUACAAGCGUGGCUUAUGUAUCGCUUUGAAAGUCUCUCCGCACUGUCAACCUUUUGCUUGACUGUUCUGGCCCUCUAUACAAACACCACACCUGGUCUGGUGGCCUUUGUACUCAUCGCUGCUAACAACUUCGUCGACUCUACACAUGCUCUGUGCCAGCAAUACGGUCAAUUGCAGAUGGACUUUGUAUCAGUUGAGCGUAUUGACGAGCUUCUGCAUAUUGAAGAGGAACCAAAGGGCACGAUCUAUCCUCCGGCAGCGUGGCCAACGUAUGGAAGCGAUGUCACCUUUGAAAACGUCACCCUUCGAUACGCCCCGCACCUCGAUCCAGCUCUGAAGGACGUCUCUCUUCGCAUUCCUGGUGGGUCUACUACCGCCGUCAUCGGCCGCACGGGUAGUGGUAAAUCUACAUUGGCCGUCUCACUUCUCAGUGUCGUCCGACCGGAAACCGGCCGCAUCCUAAUCGACGGUAUCAACAUUGCCGAUGUGAACACGCAGGCACUCCGCACUCGAGUCACGUUCGUCGCCCAAGAUCCCGUUCUUUUCCCCGGUAGCGUCCGUCUCAACCUGGAUCCUACAGAAGAGUUCUCUGAUCAACAAUGCGCGGACGUUUUGGAGCGACUCUGCGGCCGGCAUGGAUGGAACCUUGACACGCAUAUCGAAGCAGGUGGUAAAAAUCUCAGUCAAGGGCAACGCCAACUCAUCGCUCUCACACGCGCCGUUCUCCGGCGCAGUCCCGUUGUUAUUCUCGAUGAGGCUACUGCAUCGAUUGAUCAUGAGACUUCUCUUGAGAUCCAGCAGAUUAUUCGAGAGGAGUUGCAGUUGUCGACUGUCAUCACGAUUGCGCACCGGGUUGAGGCUGUCAAGGACGCGGAUUACUUUGUGGAGCUUGAUCAGGGGAGGGUUUCACGAUAUGGGAGUGUGCGAGACUUGUAG